AUGAACAAUCUGGUUAAUUCUUCGACCUUAACUUCGCCCCUGACUUUGGAAGGCUUCAUUGUACCCGAGGAGUCACGUGCCCCUCUUUUUAUUAUUACAUUUUUUAUCUAUAUUAUUAUUUUUGUUGAAAAUGUAACCAUCAUGUUUGUUAUUAUUUCUCACAGGAGCUUACAUGCGCCAAUGUAUUUAAUGUUAUGCAAUAUGACUGUCUGUGAUUUAAUUGGGAGCACCGCUUUAAUGCCUAGAUUAAUGUCGGAUUUCUUGCGCGAUGUGAGACUUAUCUCAUUUGAAGCUUGUAUAAUUCAGGCAUUUUGCAUCCAUAUGUACUCCACUGCUGCUCAGUUCAUUUUAGUAGUGAUGGCUUUUGACAGAUAUAUUGCUAUAUGUAGACCUUUACGUUACAACGCCAUCAUGACAACCAAAACUACUGCAAAACUUUGUUCUCUUGCAUGGGGCGGUGCGUUUGUCUUAAUUGUAAUUUUACUCGCGCUUACAAUACGCCUCCCAAGAUGUAAAUCAUUAGUGGUUCAUGCCUAUUGUUUCAACGGAGCUCUGUUUGUUCUGUCGUGUGCUGACACAACCAUCAAUAACAUUUAUGGUCUAUUUGUUUCCUACUUUAUAACUGGCUUAUCUUUAUCGGUCAUGGCCUGGACUUACGCCAAGAUACUAAUUGCUUGUUUAUUCCAAAGUCAGCAUAACUGUAAAACCAAAGCUAUUCACACCUGCGCCACUCAUUUAGUAAGUUAUAUUGUAUUUGAAAUUACAAUUUUAUUUGCUGUGAUGGCGCUAAGAUUUCCAAAUAUCACUCCCAAUGCAACAAAAGCAAUGGGCACGUUAACCAUAACAAUACCACCUUGUCUCAACCCAGUUAUUUACGGUAUAAACACAAAAGAAAUCCGUAAUAAUGUUUUGAAAUUC